CGCUGGCGGUGCCGUCCCGGCCGGAGGGGCAGCAUGUGCGAUCCGGCCGUGUGCAGCUUCCUCACCCAGACGCUGUGCGCCCAUGGCGGGCGCCUCGGGCUGCAGGAGCUGGAGGAGACCAUCGGGCUGUCGGCGCCGCAGCUGCACGACACGCUGCGGGCGGCGGGCCCCCGGCGGUUCCUGGUGGUGGAGGGAGGCCCGGUGGUCGUGGCCGUGACCGACGUGCGGGUCUGCGUCCUCAAGGAGUGCGACGGCUGCGAGCGGCUGCACCUCUGCAAGCAGCACCUCAUGGGCAGGUGCCACCUGGGGCCCAGCUCUUGUAAGUACUCGCAUGACAUACUGAAUGCGGAGAACAGAAAAGUUCUAAAGAAGUAUGAUUUGUCUGGCCUCAGUGAGAAUGAGCUGCAAGUCCUGCUUCUCCAAAAUGAUCCGUUCUUCCUCCCUGAUCCUUGCCACUUUUACAACAAAAAAGGUCAUCACUGUAUGCAGCAAAACAACUGCAGCAAGCUUCAUGUCUGUCGACACUUUCUCCUGGGGAAAUGUAAAUUUCCUCGAUGCAUAAUGUCCCAUAACCUCUUGGAUGUCCAUGCAUUGAGAUUGCUGGAAACUGGAGGCAUUGAUGGGAAGAUAGCUUCGAACUUCCAGGCUAUAUGUGAUUACAAGCAUUUUGAAUUCAACAGGGAACCGAAGAAGGGGUAUGUACACAACUAUAGACCGAGAAACGAUUAUGGGAAAAAAGCAGCAGUUACAAGAGUUAAAGAACUGAAGGCAGCUUCGGAAACAGGGAAAUCCACGCCGCUUGUGGCACCUUCAGAGGGUCCCAGUAGCACCACACCUGCUCAGAGCCAAGACCAGUUGCCAGCAGGAGCGGGAAAUAAAGAUAAAGGUCCCAGUAGCACCACACCUGCUCAGAUCCAAGACCAGUUGCCAGCAGGAGCAGGAAAUAAAGGUCCCAGUAGCACCACACCUGCUCAGAUCCAGGACCAGUUGCCAGCAGGAGCAGGAAAUAAAGAUAAAGGUCCCAGUAGCACCACACCUGCUCAGAUCCAGGACCAGUUGCCAGCAGGAGCAGGAAAUAAAGAUAAAGGUAAAAAGGACGGUUCCUCUGAUGAAGAUUCAAAGGACAACAAAAAAGAUAACUGUGAUGAGAUCUGUCUGUUCUACGUCUGGAAGUACUGCAAAAACAAGGAUAAAUGCAGAUCUGUUCAUUACCAUUUGCCAUAUAAAUGGGAGAAACAUGAUGGGCUGAAGUGGCAUGAGCUUCCCAUGAUGGAGGAAAUUGAAAAGGCCUAUUGUGACCCAAAGAACAGCAGCUUGCCAAGUAGGAACAUUGAUUUCCAGACAAUGACCUGCUGUUCUUCUUCGGUUCGACGCCUCUGUACACCAUCAUCAGUCACAAAACCCACACUCCUACUGACCACACAGUGGAUUUGGUACUGGAAGAAUAACGAAGGCAAGUGGAUUGAAUAUGGAGAACAGGAAGAAGGAAGCAGCAUGACCUCACCAUCUUCUGCUAUUAUCGAGAAUUUGUAUCAAGCAGAUCCGUGUGCCAUUGUACCUUUCCAGACUGACCAACAUCAGUAUGAACUCAAUUUUAAAGAAAUGACUCAGACAAACAUUACUUUUAAAACUCGAAGACGGAUUUGCAGGCGCCCAAAAUUUGUGUCUUACAAAGAUGUGCAGAAGAUAAAGACAAGCAGCCAGAGGGAUUCUUCUAUUCCAAACCAGACCUGUCCUAGUCACUGGGAUGCAUCUGCGCUGCCUGACUUUGGAUACAAGGCAGUGGUGAUCAGCAGCGCCACCUCUGAAUACAAUGGGAUAAAGCAGCUGUUUCAUCAGACUAUGAAAAAUUACAGCAUCCUUAACAUACAGAGGAUUCAGAAUCCAUCCCUCUGGAAGGUGUUUCAGUGGCAAAAAGAGAAGAUGAAAAGGGAAAAUGGAGGAAAGGAAGUCCGGGAAAAACACCUGUUCCACGGAACUGACAACACCUCCAUGAAAACGAUCUGCACUCAGAACUUUGACUGGAGAAUUUGUGGAAGCAAUGGAACUAACUAUGGGAAGGGAAGCUACUUUGCUAGAGAUGCUUGCUACGCCCACGCCUACUGUCAGGCUACGGCGCAGGGACACUUGAUGUUUGUGGCUCGUGUUCUGGUUGGAGACUACGUUAAAGGCAACGCCGCCUUCGUCCGCCCCCCGGAGAAGAACGCAGACAAGCUGUGGUUUUAUGACAGCUGUGUGGAUAAUGAGUUAAAUCCUUCUGUCUUUGUUGUCUUUGAAAAACACCAGGUUUACCCAGAGUACAUAAUAGAGUAUGAAAAGGAGAGAAUAAGAGAGUGGAACCAGGCAGGAAUAAGAGAGUGGAACCAGGCAGGAAUAAGAGAGCAGAAAGAGGCAGGAAUAAGAGAGUCUGGAGGGGAGGGAAUAAAACAGCAGAAAGAGGCAGGAAUAAGAGAGUCUGGAGGGGAGGGAAUAAAACAGCAGAAAGAGGCAGGAAUAAGAGCAGAGGAAGGAAUAAAAGUGUAUAAAGAGGAGAAAAGAAAAUGUGUUAUAUCCUAGAGGAACAUGGCGGUUUGCGUCCCUCUGUUUUUCAGGUUGCAGUUGUUCUCCUACUUGGUGACUUCCUUAUUUCUACUACAGUUUUUGGAAUGUUAGUCCAAACGAUUUUUGCAUUGAGGAGGGCUGGCAAAGCAGAUGUUACUUUUGUUGUGACUGCCUUUUCUUCUUCUCUUCCUCUCUUAAAUGAAGCAUAGAUAUUUUGAUAACCAUAGCAGGAAAAUCAGAAUUGUGGGAUGGGAAAAUUGAAUGUUAUGACUGUUCUGGGCAAACAAUUGUAAAUGCAUCAUCUAAAAAAACUAGGGAGGAUUUCUCUUCGCAAACAGUUGAAAGAAAAAUUACCAGUACAGUAGUUUUUAAGGAAGCUUUCAGGUUUUUAGUAGCCAGAGAUUCCUUUUAGAGCAGAAUUCGUCUGUUCUUGAUCCUCUCAUCUAUCAUUACUAUAAACAAUUCAGCGUAGGUAAUAAUGACUUGAGUCUGUUUUCAAAGCACUGGUUGUUAAUGCUGGUACACGUUUUGAGUUAGAAUGGUAAACGAAAUGAAAAAGCGUAUUUUAUAUCCAUGUUGUUAGCGUCUCGAGAAUUUUCAUCUGUACAAUGGCAGAUAGAUCAGAAAGCUGCUGGAUCAGAUUCUUUGUGGAAAUUUGCAGUAACUUGCUGUAACGUAUACAAAAGCAGAGCUCAACUGAAACUGUGAAAGCCACCACAUGCGAGUAAGCAGGCACCAAAAUUCGGUGGUUUGGCUGCAACUAAUGGCCAUAAGGACACAAAGGCUGUGUCCCAACGAGCCAGGCUUUCCGGUGGAUGUGGCCACGUAGCGCAAAAGGACAGGAGGAGCCUCUUAAGCAUCACAGAGAUGGUCUGUCCUCUUUGUGCGUUAAUUUUCGUUUUCCAGACGUAGAACGGGACGGAAAGAGACCAGUUAGGUUCUCCGGAGGCCGGCGGUAGAACUGCUGUCCUAAGGCACCGCCCGCACGUUCUGCUGCCCAAUUGCGUGGGGCAGGGUGCUGACAAGUGAGGAUCCUCUUCGUGUUUUGUGGGUGAUCCUGGGUCAGAAACUUGCGCACUUUCUGCUGGAUGUUGUUAGCGGGGAGUCUCUACGUGGAUCAAGCUGAAGCCCCUCUGUACAAAAUGCCAUACUCAGGCACUUUAGCUGUUCAGAGGGAAACUGGGAGUGAGGACAGAGGAGCAGUAAUUUUUUCCUUCAGAUAAGGUUUACGGAAGUACCAAAAAGCCUCUAAGAUUUUUGCAUCUGUGAUACAAAUCUGUUAACCGCUCAAAGAUAGCAAGUUCUUCCCAAGAAGAAUGAAAAAGAUAAAUCCAGAAAAAUCUUACUAAAAUGACUUAGAACUAAAUGAAAACAUGCGGGGAAGAUUUUAACACUUUUUAAGAUCUCUCUUUCUCUUGUUUGCCUGUAGAGUUCCUGAAUUGCUGAGCUUGCUGUAUUUGCAAAUAAAACCUGUUUUCAGGCA